GCUGCAUCCUCCGCCUGUCACCAUGGCUGCUUACAAGCUGGUGCUGAUCCGGCAUUGCGAGAGCGCUUGGAACCUGGAGAACCGCUUCAGCGGCUGGUACGACGCCGACCUGAGCCCGGCAGGCCACGAGGAGGCGAAGCGCGGCGGGCAGGCGUUGCGAGAUGCUGGCUAUGAGUUUGACAUCUGCUUCACCUCUGUGCAGAAGAGAGCCAUCCGGACCCUCUGGACCGUCCUGGAUGCCAUUGACCAGAUGUGGCUGCCAGUGGUCAGGACCUGGCGCCUCAAUGAGAGACACUACGGGGGUCUGACUGGUCUCAAUAAAGCAGAAACUGCUGCUAAGCAUGGUGAGGCGCAGGUAAAGAUCUGGCGGUGAUCUUACGAUGUCCCGCCACCUCCGAUGGAGCCUGAUCACCCCUUCUACAGUAACAUCAGUAAGGAUCGCAGGUACGCGGACCUUACUGAGGACCAGCUGCCCUCCUGUGAGAGCCUGAAGGACACAAUUGCCAGAGCACUGCCCUUCUGGAAUGAAGAAAUUGUGCCCCAGAUCAAGGAAGGCAAAAGGGUCUUGAUUGCCGCCCAUGGCAACAGCCUUCGGGGCAUUGUCAAGCAUCUGGAAGGUCUCUCAGAAGAGGCCAUCAUGGAGCUGAACCUGCCAACUGGCAUUCCCAUCGUCUAUAAACUGGACAAGAACUUGAAGCCCAUCAAGCCCAUGCAGUUCCUGGGAGAUGAGGAGACCGUUCGCAAAGCCAUGGAAGCUGUGGCUGCUCAGGGCAAGGUCAAGAAGUGAGGGCGAGGAGGCAGACUCCUACUCCGACAACAUCCUCCCUGCCUGUUCCUGCCUCCCGCACCCUUCCCCAACCCAUCACACUGACUCAUCGUUAGGCUCUUAGCUGCAGAUGGGGACCCGUGGCUCCCAUUCUAAUUUUAGUAUUUAUCCCCUGCACCCACUCCCUUCAUAGGAUCUAGUCAGAAUAACACCUCUGGGGGUGCAGGUUCUUGGUCCACAUCCAGGGAUGGCUGCUCUUGCCAGGAGAGUUGAGAGGUAGUAA